UGCAAUUGUACUGAGCGAUAUACAGUAUUUCAAUAACGAGCACAUAGCGGCAACCGAAGACUUGUCUCAGCUGCACACAGUUGCACAGCUUCAAACGGCAAGCCUACAAAGAAGCUUUGCCGUCCUUCUGAAUGUCGUUAGGCAUGCUGAACGCUAGAGGAGCCACGGCCAGGGCCUCGCCCGGCGCUGGCCAUGCCGCUGCUCCAGCCAUGACAACAUCUACAGCCAGAAUGAUGCCCCGUCUGCUGCCAGCAUGUACACCGUCGCCUGCAUCAGCGUCCGUAGCCUGCUCCGGCUGCUGCUGCAGCGCCGCCCGCGGCCUGCCUGCCCGCGGCGCUCACGCAGCCAUGCCAAAGCGCCGACCCUUGGCGCCGCUCUGCGCUGCGGCCGCUGGCAGCCAGGCUGUAAAUGAGGAGCCACGAGUAGAGGAGCCGAGCACGGCUAUGCUGCUGGCUUGGUUUGCGUGCGGCAACCGCAGUCUGUUUGCGGCGCAGUGCCUGGUGGAGGUGCUUGUGGAGCUGUACAGGGAGGGGCGCAGCUUUCAGGAACUGCAGCUAUCCAUCAAGGCGGCGACGCAGGGCGGCGGCUGGGCGGUGCGGCCCGCCGCGGAUCCCAGCGGGAGCGACACGGCGGCGGACGACGGCACCAAUGGGGAGGCGGUGGUCCUGCCGCCGCUGCUGCAGACCCAGGAGGAGGACGUGCUGGUGUCGUGGGUGGCGCUGGUGUUCCUCACACUGGAGGACUUGGGCGUGCCGCGAGACAAAGAGCCAGCCGACGCCAGGCGUGACGUGGCGCCGGGGGCCGCGGCCGCUGGCCUUGGCGCCACCUCCGGGCCCGGUGCCGCUGCGCCGGGCGGCGGCAUGGGUUUGGGCGUGGGCGCGGGCGGCCUGGGCAGCAUGGCCUCCAGCAGCACCUACCUGCGCGGCAUGCUGGGCUACGUGCGGCAGACACUGGGCAUGUACGACGAGGGGCAGACACUGGCGCGUGUGGCGGGGCUGCAAGGGCUGGUGCAGCAGUCCUCGGGCGCGGCGACGUCGCCGUUCCUGUUCCUCAUGCAGCAGUACACCCGCCUGGUGCUGCUGACGGUGGAGGUGGUGGCGGCGUCGGGGCUCCACACCGAGCGGCCGCUGCGCGCGCCCGACACCAUCACGCGCCCCAGCGGCUACAGCACAGCCUUCGUGUCCAGCUGCACCGCGGCCGACCUCGACUCCCCACCGGCGCAGCCGCCCAAAGCAGCAGGCGUGCCAUGGACCAAGGGCGCGGCUGCAGUGGGCGAGGCGGGCGCAGGGGCUGGGGCCGGGGACUGCCCGCCACGCGGGCUGGCGGUGCGGCUGCUGAUGGCUUUCACGGGCGCUGUGUUGGGAAGCAGGUGGAGCUUGGAGCGAUUUGUGGACGCUGUACGUGUCGCGUACGACCAGGGCCUGGCGGCGGACGAGCUCUUCUCGCAGCUGGAGGAGGCCGAGUUCGCCCAGAGCGGCGGCCUGCUGCCCAUGGCCUCACAGCCCGCCGCCAACAGCGCCUCCGCUGAGGGCGCCGGCGAAUGCCAGCCCCUGCCGGCGCCAGCGCCCGCGCACGAGAUCACACAGAAGCUGCUGAGCAGCUGGAUCAGCCUGUCGUACAUGACACUGGCACAGCUGCACGUGCCGUACCCGGCGGCGGCGGAGCGCGUGGGCUGGGCGUGGGCUGGGCUGGGUGACGCGACGGAGGCGUUCGGUUUGAAUGAUUUCGUCGGGAACGUCCUCCGUCAAAUAGCCGGGGAGGAGCCGCGCAUGGUGCCGCCGCCCUCCAUCGAGACCGCACCGGCACCAGCGGCCCAAGUCAUCGCGGCCGCCCCUGCGCAGGAGCCGGCAGCGGCUGGGGAGGAAGCCCCCACACCACCCCAGGGUACGGCUUCAACCGACCGGCGGCGAGCGGGCGCCUUCAUGAUGCGUGUGGAGGAUGACAACUUGCGGACGUCCACAGCAUUCCGCGUCGUCAGUCAGCAGGUGGCGCUGGUGCAGGCUGUAUGCCGCGAUGUGAUGGGCUGAUUGGGGUACCGUUGCGUCUUGGCAAGCCGGUUCUAACGUUAAGCGCCGGGUAGCGGCUGGGAUCGUGGACACAAGGCGGUUGCUGGAGGCGUUGGUACCGCUUGAACCCACAUGCUGGGACGCUGAGGGGUAAUGCUGAGGCAGCCAAUGCGGGGAUUCUGACUGAAGCUUGGUUUUCGUCAAGGCGUGAGCCUGUGAGGACGUCCUGGGGGAGGCCUUGCGCACUUUGAACGUAGGCGUAUUCAUAUUGAGUAUCUGUUGUACGUGUCAAAGGGCCCACUGGAAGGCUACAUGCGCAUUCGGGUCGCCUUGAAAUGCGCGUGGGAGCCGUUGAGGGCAGGCAGGGGCAGGGGGGGGGGGGGGCAAGGGGAAGGCAAGGGGUCUCCAGAUGAGACCAGGCGUCACACUCCUGAAUAGUAUGCUUGUCAUUCCAGUUUAGGACGAAGCGGUGUAAGGGACACAGGGC